GAGACGUCCUGGUUGGUGCAAAUGCCCAUUGCCAUUACAUGAGAAGUCUUGAACUUGCGGCUCCAGAGCCCAUAACUCGCACGGAUGGGGCCGUUGAUGGCCGCCCCCCGGGAUGCGGGCGUAUCAUUGAUUGGCAUUGGAUGGAUCGUCAUCCGUCAAUUGUCGUCAAGUCACGGACGCGGUUGUUACUCUGCUCUGCUUUGCGCUGCUCAGGCUCAGGCUCAGGCACUUGCUUUUACAUAACUUGCUCCCGUCUCCCGUCUCGUCGCGCGCUCUUGUCUUCUCCCUCUUCCUCUCUCCUAUAUACAUCAACCCUUUCCAAAGCUUCACGAUACCCUCAUACCCCGCCAUCAUAACGACUUUGUACUUGUCUUCCCCUCCCGUCGAUUAAAUCUCCAUUCUCUAUUCCUAUCUCUAUUUCAAAAUCAGUCACAAUGUCUACCACCAACAGCGGACAAGAAUCUGAAAAGGUUAACACUAACAUUGUUACCCUUACCCGCUUCCUCACUGAGGAGCAGGCCAAGCACCCCGAGGCUACUGGUGACUUUACCCUGUUGUGUCACGCUCUCCAGUUCUCUUUCAAGUCCAUCGCCUACUACAUCCGACGCGCCACCCUUGUAAACCUCACCGGUCUGGCUGGUUCUUCCAACAUUACCGGAGACGACCAGAAGAAGCUCGAUGUCAUCUCCAAUGACCUCUUCAUUGAGGCCAUGCGCUCUUCAGGCAAGUGUGCGCUCCUCGUUUCCGAGGAGGAGGACGAAAUCAUCUAUUUCAAGGACGCUUCAGAUGCCCGCUACGCUGUCGCCUGCGAUCCCAUUGACGGUUCCUCCAACUUGGACGCUGGUGUCUCAGUCGGUACCAUCUUCGCCAUUCACAAGCUUCCCGAAGGCUCAAAGGGCUGCAAGGAGGACAUCCUGAAGCCCGGUACUGAGCUACUCGCCGCCGGUUUCACCAUGUACGGUGCCUCAGCUCAGCUCGUCAUCACCAUGCGCGGCGGAACCGUUAACGGCUUCACUCUCGACAACGGUGUCGGCGAGUUCAUCCUGUCUCACCCCAACAUGCGCCUGCCCAAGUCUCGCGACAUCUACUCCUGCAAUGAGGGUAACUCGCUAUACUGGGAUGACAAGACCAUCAACUACUUCAACUCGCUGAAGCAGGCUCAAGAAAACGGCAAGCCUUACAGCGCGCGUUACAUCGGUUCCAUGGUUGCUGAUGCUUACCGAACUCUGCUGUACGGAGGUAUCUUUGCUUACCCCGCCGACAAGAAGAGCCCCAAGGGCAAGCUCCGUAUCCUCUACGAGUGUGCGCCCAUGGCUCUUAUCUUUGAGAAUGCCGGUGGCCAAGCUGUCGACAGCAAGAUGAACCGUCUGCUCGAGGUUGUGCCCGAGCACAUCCACGACAAGGCCGGUAUUUUCAUGGGUAGUUACGACGAGGUUGAGAAGGUUAAGAAGUUCCACCAGUAAGGUGAAAUAACACGGAGCUUUGGCAUGGGAUCACAAAUUCAGUUAAAUAUCAAAAAGCGAACCUCAUGAGUAAAUGAGCAUUUAAUGAUCAAUUUAUCACAUAUGUU